AUGCCUCCACAGUACUCCGGCGGCAUUUCCAACUACCAUUACUCCAACCCAGGCAAGCCCCUCCCGGCGCCGUACUCAGAUAGCAUGGUAAACGGCCAAUACUACCAACAAACCAUCGAGCCGCACCGCAUGCCGCCGCAACAGCAGCAGCAACAGCAGCACUACAAUAUCCAGCCGCCCCAAGUAGAGGACGUAUAUUACAUGCGGACCACGCACACCCCACCUUUACAACCGGGUUCCUACUCUUCAUCUCCAGUUGAAGAGGGAUACAACAUGUACCCGCCCCCCUCGAUGCAACCGCCGACCCCACAACAUCACCAACCCCAAUUCCAGCCAAAACACCACCACCCCCAACAACAACUUGACUUCUUCGCCUCGCCCUACCAUCACCAAGCCACGCCUCCCCAGCCCAUAAGCAGCGCCGAACACUUUGAUAGCGACUACAACGCGCUGGGCGUGUACAGCGCUGACGAGGAGCAGUACGCGUUCAACCACGGUCCCUCGCCUCCGCCUCCAACUUCUGGUCCCAAUGGGUUGCCUGGAGGAGGGGAUUCGGCGCAUUUUUAUGCGGCGCAUUUUGCAAACGAGGCUUUGGGUCAGGAUCCCGUAUUGGAUCCGCAGUUGGAGGGGAUGAUGUUGAAGGGUGACGGCGAGGGUGCGACUGCUGCUGUGGAUGCGGGGCAGGGGACAAUUACUGCGGGAGGUGGUGGUAUUGAGACUGCGAAUGCAGAUUUGGGGGGAGGUGUAGGUGUAGAAGAGGAUUGGACCACGGAGCCUAUCAAUGUGGACGAGACGAAUAUUAACGAGCUUUUGGGGACGGGUGAAGCUUCCGAGACCUAG